AUGCUGAUGCUGUCCGCAGCGGGCGCGCCCCUGCUGCGCUCGGCGUCAGUGCUGGUCACCGGCCAGCGUCUGCUCAACUGUAACCGUGCCGUGGUGUGUCGCGUACACCGGCUGCGCCACCCUCAGCUCUACCCAACGACGGUGGUACUGUCCGACGGGGCCACCAUCACCGCGCGCUACCACGAGCCGCGGAAAAUCAUCAAGCUGCCGCUCGACCUCAGCACGCUCUCUGAGGAGGAGCGACUGGUGCGACUCCAGAGACGGAAGCCCAAGCAGAAGGUGGUCAUUGAACAGGAGGUCGAGGACUCGUUCGACGUCAAAAAGUAUCAGAAGUUCUGGAAACGCUGA